AUGGCAUGUUUUGUUGCUGUCGUAAUUGGCUUUGUAUAUGGCGGCGGUUCUGGUGAUUAUGGCGUAUCUCUCCUUCGUCUCCUCCGUGUAAAAAAGCUCUCCGACAACGCCGUUCUUUCCUCUAGGGCUUCUCCUCUCUCCUCCGGUUACGAUAUCUCCAGUGCUGUGGAGACGAAGAUUCCGGCGAGAGGCAAGGCUCUGGUGGCUACUGACCUCAGCAUUUCGAUUCCAGAAGGCACCUAUGCCUACAUUGGUGAGCGAUCAGGUCUUGCAUUGAAGCAUUCAAUUGACGUUGGUGCGCGGGUGAUUAACACCGAUUACAGAGGACCGGUUGGGGUGAUACUGUUCAACCGGUUAACGAUCUCAGAUCUUCUUUCGAAUCUUGGAUCUUCCUUCCUCGCAUCUGUCAUCGACACUGCUUGCAAAGCCGGCGAGGUUAUUUUCGUAACUUUACCCCCUCCUCUCUUCUCUCUCUCUCUCUCUCUCUCUCUC